GCCCUCACGGGGGUUACCCGCGCCAUGCUGCCGCCGUGCCGGGCCGUGCUGGCCGGCCAGGCCCUCACGGGGGUUACCCGCGCCAUGCUGCCGCCGUGCCGGGCCGUGCUGGGCGCCCGGGCUCUCCCGGCGGCUGGCGGUGCCGCGCUGGGUGGCUGGUCCCCGUGGAGGCCGGCCCUCCUCCUUCUCCUCAGGCCGGGGGGCCGGCAGCCGGCUUUCUCCACCAGCUGCGCGAGGUGCUCAAAGAACAGGCGGCUGAGGCAAAAAAGAGUCAUUUCGGAAAGGAAACUGACCCGCUAUUUCGUGGAUCACCGGAAGGUGCGUGUGGUUGGAGGACAAGGAGGAGGAGGGGGUCAUUCCUUUUAUAGUGAACCCAGGAAAAUAUUUGGAGGUCCUGAUGGUGGAAAUGGAGGUGAUGGGGGUCACGUCAUUUUGAAGGCUGACCGGCAAAUGAAAUCACUUUUUUCAGUCCUCCCCUUCUAUCAGGGGUUUCAUGGAGAGAGAGGAGGAAGCAAAAACUGUUACGGAGCUAAUGGUGCCUGCAUGUAUGUUAAAGUUCCUGUGGGUACAUUGGUUAAGGAGGAUGGGAAAGUUGUGGCUGACCUCACCCAACACGGGAAAGAGUAUGUUGCAGCUUAUGGAGGAGCUGGAGGGAAAGGCAAUCGCUUUUUUCUUUCCAAUGAAAACCGAGCUCCAACAUUAUUUACUCCAGGAGAGCCGGGUCAGGAAAGGGUCCUCCAUCUGGAACUCAAGACAACAGCUCAUGCAGGACUGGUGGGCUUUCCCAACGCCGGCAAAUCCUCCCUUUUGAGAGCGAUCUCCAACGCGAAGCCAGCGGUGGCUGCCUACCCUUUCACCACCCUCAACCCCCACGUCGGCGUUGUCUGCUACCAAGACUAUGAACAAGUGGCAGUUGCUGACAUCCCUGGCCUAAUCAAAGGUGCUCAUCAGAACAGGGGCCUGGGGAUGGCCUUUCUGCGGCACAUUGAGCGCUGCUGCUUCCUCUUGUACGUGGUGGAUCUCUCCGUGUCUCAGCCGUGGACUCAGCUGCAAGACUUAAAAUAUGAACUGGAGCAAUAUAAAAAAGGAUUGUCUGAGAGGCCUCGUGUUGUCAUCGGGAAUAAGAUUGACCUUGCUCAGUCCAGGAUCAAUCUGCAGCUCCUUAAAGAACACACAGAUGAGCGGGUCAUUGCGUUGUCUGCGCUGACGGGAGACAACCUAGAGGAGCUGCUCUUGCAUUUGAGAGAACUUUAUGAUGCUUAUGUGAAGACAGAACAAUCACGAGGGCAAAGCCCAGUCAAGUGGUAGGAACCACAGCUGCAGGGAACUGUGCUGGAAGGAGAAAAAAUAAAAAAAAGUAAUUUGAUUAGAUGGCAUCUGGGGGAGUUUGUUUAGGUUUGGAUUUAUUUAUUUUUAACGCAUGGGCCACAGCAUGUGGAUUUGUUCUGGACUGCUGCAUUGGAAAGAUUUGUUUGUUUGUUUGACUUUGAGGUGUCUCUGGUGUUUUACAACAAAAUUUGAAGAUUGUAAUUGUGAUGGGCAUUGAAUUGGAAACCUGGGUCUUGUUUGGCAUUAGAUAGCAUCCUCUUCAUUCCAUAAUGAACUAUCUGGUAGAAAGGACUGAAACUCAGGAUCUGCAGAAGAUACCGUCUUGCUUUCUGGUUUGGAGUGAAGUGACUUCUCAGUUUUCACUAAUCAAAAAUUCUAAAAUAAAAAGUAAGGUGGUCCCACA